AUGGGUCGUAGAAAACUUGUUUUAAAACUCUUAGAGAAGGAGAAAACUCGAAGUAUAACUUUUCAGAAGAGAAAGAAGGGUCUGAUGAAGAAAGCUCUCGAGUUCUCCACCCUUUGUGGUGUUGAUACCUGCAUGAUCAUCUAUGGGCCUAAACUAUCCAAGCAGCCCGUGGAGCUUGGUACCUGGCCCGAGGACCAUGAUCAAGUGAAGCGCGUUAUCGAGCUGUAUAAGACCGAUACAAAGCUUAAACCUACAAGGGUAUCCUUCGAUUUGUCUGACUUUUUCAUAGACAGGAAGAAGAAGGUCAACGAUGAGACUUCAAGGCUGCGAAAGAAUAUUUUCGAGGCCAGGUACCCAACAUGGGAUGAUCGCAUUGAAAUGUUAUCCGAGGAUCAACUAAGGGCGGUUCUUGACGUUAUGGACACAAAGCUUGAAGCUGCGGGGAUGAGAAUUAACAGGAUGAAAGGAAAUGAUCAGCAUAUGAUGGUCGGAAAACCAACAUCAGCGAUGGUUGUCAGCCAUGGUCCUCAGCCGCCGGCCGAACUAAUCCGAAACCAAUUUAAUAGCAUGCAAGCCUUGUGCCAAGACCAGCUGUUUGACUUUCCUAUAAAGUCACUUGAUCAUGCUCAGUGGCCCUCUCACAUGCUUCCAUUCGAUCCAAAUUUUAUUGACAAUAUUUCUUUCAAGAAGCUGUUGCAUGGCGAUGAUCAGUACUGGACUCAUCAACUUGGCAGCGUGUCUACAAGCAAUAAUCUUCAUGCUCCCUUGAAUAUUGAAUAUCCGUCGACUAAUUACAAUAUGGUGCCGGCCGGGGUUUUGGAGAACACAAUCAUGAGCAAUCAUCCUAAUGCCUCGAUGAACUAUUAUGACAUAACCAGACAAUUCGCGCCACAAUAUAUGCCGUACGGCCCGUACCCGGUGAUGUCAAAUAUUUCUUCUCAUAUGCAUGGCUUCCAAGUGAAUGAUUUGUAUCAUGAUAUCGGCGAGUUUGAUAUGAAGAACAAGCAUUUGUUAUGA